AUGACUUCGCCGCCGGCUCCUGUCCUCUCCCUCUUCCUUCUAUUCUUGCUCAUCGCUUACCCUUUGUGCCACGCCGCAGCCCCGCUCACAGAAUACUGCAGCUACGACAAGAAGGCCUCGUCGGCGGCCAAGGCGAACAUCGCCCGCGUUCUGGCCACCCUCCAGUCGAAUGCUCCCUCCAACGGGUUCUACACUGCAUCCUACGGGACCGGCAGCGUGGACCGAGCAUACGGCCUUGCCCAGUGUCGACAGGAUGUCAGUGUCGAGGACUGUAGAAUCUGCCUCCGGGAUGCUCCGCCGCAGCUAUCCAAGCGCUGCAAGGGCCAGGCCGAAGCCUGGAUGUGGUUCGACUACUGCUUCGUGCGCUACGACACGACGCCGUUCACUGGGAAGUUCGACUCUGGCUACGGCGUCUACGACUAUAGCGAGUAUAACGUGACGGAGAAUGUGGUGGAGCAGCGGAGGUUCGACCGGGAGCUUCGGUCGCUGCUGGGCAAAGUGAAGACGCAGGCUGCGGCACGGGGCAACCUCGGCCUGGGGAGGGAUCAGACCAAGUUCUCCUCCGCAGUGACGAUCUACGCGCUGGCGCAAUGCACACGCGACCUACCAUCGCAGGCGUGCUCCAAGUGCCUCUCCACCGAAAUCGGUUACUUUGCCCAAUUCUGCCCCCAGAGGAAGGCAUGCCGAGGGCUCACCAGUGGAUGCUACCUUCGCUACGAGAUCUAUCCUUUCUUCUUCCCCCUAUCCCCCGGCUCUCCCAAGGCGUCUCUGGCAGCAGAGCCCUUGGUCUCCAAGGUGGUCUCCCCCUAG